CAAUCAGGAGCGGCCACAGUGUUUGGAAACAACCGUAAAGUCCCGGAUGUUGUUCCGUCGGUCUGUCAGUAGGUGAUCAAGUUUAUCGGAGUACCGAACCCGUUUCUCCCCGAAUCUCCCCGAGUCUCCUCACAGCCUUAGCCGCUUUUACUUCGUCCUGACGGGUCAGAAUCCAGACUUUAGACGGAACCCGCCGCUCUGUGGACAUGGAUCCGGGAGAAGCUCACCGACAAACGACGAGUCUUCUGGUAAAAACCCCGAACCAGACCCAGGAGGACCGGACCGUGGACGGGGUCCGGCUCGACUGGACCGUCAGGGAGCUGAAGGAGCAUCUGUCCGCCUUGUAUCCGAGCAAACCGGCUGUCAGCGACCAGAGGCUGAUCUACUCUGGAAAACUACUUCCUGAUCACCUGCAGCUCAGAGCCCUCUUCAGACAGACGGACUCGGUUCCGACUCUUCACCUGGUUUGUUCGGUCACAAGUCCUCCUGCAGGAGGAAAAACUCAGACCUCCACAGCUCCUCCAGCAGCUCCACCUGAGCUGAGGCAGAGGAGGAACACCUCUUCAUCUGCAGCACAGACUCCUGCUGCAGGACGUGAAGCUCCUCAGAUCAACCAGCCGACGUUCCCCUCCAUCUCCUUGUACAGUCCUCAGCAGCUGCUGUGGCUCCAACACGUCUACGCCCAGCAGUACUACAUGCAGUAUCAUGCAGCUCUGGCAGCAGCAGGCUCUGCCCCCUCCACUCCAGCCCCCACCAUUGGUCAGUACCCUCCAGUCCCGGCCCAUCAAGUGCCAGUCCCAGCCCCCUUGGCCAACCAGAACCCCAUCGACAACCUGCCGGUCAAUCAGAACCCGGCCCAGGACGGCGCCUUCCUGAACCCCGGGGAGGCCAAUCAGAACCUGCGGAUGAACGCUCAAGGCGGUCCGGUGAUGGAGGACGAGGAGGAAGUGGAACGUGAUUGGCUGGACUGGAUGUACUCAGCGGCUCGGUUCGGUGUCCUGCUGAUGAUCGUUUACUUCAACUCCAACCUCACUCGCUUCCUGCUGGUGAUGAGUACUCUGCUGCUCAUGUAUCUACACACCGUCGGCCGGUUUCCCUUCAGAAGACGAGUUCAGGUCCUAGAGCCAAACCUCCAGCAGCACCCUGAAGUCCAGCACAACCAGCAGAACCAGAACCUGAAUCCAGGAGGUGAAGCUGCAGCUGAAGGUUCUGAUGGUUCUGGUCCGAUGACGGCCGUUCUGGUUCCUCCUCACCGGGUCUCGGUCAUGUGGACGGCCUGGGUCUUCUUCAAAACCUUCUUCUCCUCCCUCAUCCCGGAGGUUCCUCAGGCCAACUGAUGGACUCACUUUUUCUACAACAAACAAACACCAGCAACAGGAAGAACAAGAACUGCAUUUUACCAACGACUCCAGGAUCUGAGCUGCAGAGUUCACUUCUUUCCUCCACCUGCUGGUUUCAGUCUUCACCUCCAGAGACUGUCGUUUUAUCCAGCAGGUGACAGCAGAGGGAGAAAUAAAACCCACAGAGGUUGUUUAUGACCUUCACACCAACCUCAGAAGCAAAUAAAGGCCAAAAACAUCUGAAUCAGAGUGUCUGAUUGUGGAAAAACUGAAGUUAAGGAACCAAAAUAUCAGAAUGUUUCUUUUUUCCAGCAGGUCAGUGUGAGGUUUCUCUACGUGCAGGUAGAAAAAGAUGAUUUUAACUUGAAAAAAAAUGUUAUUUCUACUUGGUUGUAGUGUCUUUAGAAAUGUUUAGAUAUCAAAAUCAAACAAAAACCUCUAAAAUUAACAGAAGAAAGUCAGAUUUUGUUUUUUUGUUUUUUUGCCUCUGUUUGCUUCUUUGGCAGAAAUUCACAGAAUCUGGAACACUGUUGAACCUCUGGUGUGACUUUUCUCCUGUUUUGGUUGAAUUUUAGUUUUUAUUGAACUCAGAUUGUGACCAAAUUCAACUCUUUGUGCCAAAUUAACUGUAAAACAGCAACAAUGGCGUAAAGUUUUGUAAAUAUAUUGUGUGUUCACAGGCUGCACAGUGGAGUAGUGGUUAGCACUUUGGCCUUGCAGCAAGAAGAUCCCCGGUUCAAAUCCCGGCCUGGGAUCUUUCUGCAUGGAGUUUGCAUGUUCUCCCUGUGCAUGCGUGGGUUUUCUCCGGGUACUCCGGCUUCCUCCCACAGUCCAAAAACAUGCUGAGGUUAAUUGGUUACUCUAAAUUGUCCGUAGGUGUGAAUGUGAGUGUGAUUGUGUGUCUGUAUAUGUAGCCCUGUGACAGACUGGUGACCUGUCCAGGGUGUCCCCUGCCUUCACCCGAGUCAGCUGGGAUGGACUCCAGCACCCCCCAUGACCCUAGUGAGGAUAAAGUGGUGUAUAGAGAAUGGAUGGAUGGAUUGUGUGUUCACGAAGCACUUUACAGCAUUUAUCUUAUGCCAACUGGCUAACUGUCAGGCUAACUAGUUAACUGUUAGGCUAACCGUCAGGCUAAUUGGCUAACCGUCAGGCUAACUGUCAGACUAGCUAGCUAACUGCCAGGCUAACUAGUUAACUGUCAGGCUAAUUGGCUAACCGUCAGGCUAACUGCCAGGCUAAUUGGCUAACUGCCAGGCUAAUUGGCUAACUAGUUAACUGUUAGGAUAACUGCCAGGUUAAUAUGCUAACUGGCAGGUGUUAGCCUACCAGGCUAACUAGUUAACUGUCAGGCUAGCUGUCAGGCUAAUUGUGAGGCUAGCUGCCAUGCUAACUGCCAUGCUAACUGGCUAGGCUAGUUGUCAGGCUUAUCUUAUGCAAGCGACACAGAGGGCUUCAUUUAUCGUUUUAACGUUAAAGAAACGGCUCCGAGUUAUUUAAGUUUCAGGUCAAGUGUGAAAUAUUUAAAGGAUGUAAAUGAUUUAAGGCCAGUUUAGUUUUCAUUUUGCUUUAGAAGCUGCUUUAAUAUUUACUUGACGCUUCAUUCCAGAUUAUUAAUUAAAUCUGGAAGAAUGAAGUGAAUUAUUUCUCCUGUUUUUAUCUCAUUUUAGUAAACAGAUGUGACUUUGUCCAUCCAGAUGCUCUUGAUCUUUAGUCCUGAGUUUGUUAAUGGGAAUAAGUGGUUUUAAACUCCAUAAACGAGCUCUCUGCUUCUCUGUGAGGGGAAGACAGCGACUGUACGACUUAACAUGAAACUUUUUAUUGUCUUUCUGUGAGAAAUUGAUGCUGUUCAAUGAAGUGUGUUGAGGAGGAUUCGCAAUAAUGAAUGCAAUAAAUGUUCUUAACUUAA